AUGGGAGAGAAUUUUGGAUCUAAUAAAGCAAAUGUGUCCUUGUGCUAUUCGUCACCCAUUUCCUCUCAAUACCUCGAAGAGAUCCAAUCGAACAUCCGUGUUAGACCAAUUCCUUGGGAGGGAUAUGUUCGUGCCAAUCUCAUUACUACCGAGGAAGCAUCGCUGAUCAAGACUAUAGAAAAGCUACCGAAGGAUAAGAGUGUUGCCAUUAUCGCUAAGGAUUCAGAUAUUUAUGCUGCAAAGCUUAUUGGUAUUUUGAGCCGUAUCACUAGAGAUGAUGUUGUCAAGUAUAUCUUGUCGUUAGUAGGCGACUUUGCCAGCGAUUCCCCCGAGUUCAGGGAGUCCUUGUUAGGUUUGAAAGACCCACAAACAUUUGACGUCCUAACCAAAUUGCUUGAUAAACCUGACGAACAAACUCAUUUGCUCAGUAUCAAAGCAUUGAUUACUUUGAUUGGUCAAAGCAGUGACGACAAGAGUGCCGUCAAACUCGCCUUGGCAUAUAUCUCGAAGAAACUUGCCAGCUCGCCAAAUGCCAAUCUUCAAGAUAUUGCCGUUCAAGCUUAUUCUAGUCUUCUCCAAGUGAAGAAGUUCCGCCCUCUGUUUUGGGAGAGUCGCAACGAAAUCGUUCCUUCGUUGAUUAAGAUUCUCAAUGCUUCCCAAGGCAACCUUCAACUUCAGUACUAUACGCUACUUGUCUUUUGGCUUGUUACGUUCGAGAAGCAACCAGCCGCAGAUGUAGUAACCGAGUUUGACCUCGUGCCUACUUUACUUAAUAUCACGAAGAACUCUGUCAAAGAGAAGAUUGUUCGACUGGCUGUGGCCACCCUUGUCAACACUAUUAACAACGCAUCGAAAGUAAGCGUGCCUGCAUUGCUUUCGCACUCCUGCUUGGAGUUAGUCAAGACCCUUGCUGAGCGCAAGUGGACGGAUGAGGAGCUUAUUGAAGAUCUUGACUUCUUGAAGACUACUCUUCAAGAGGCAUUUGAUUCAAUGACUACCUUCGACGAGUAUGGCAGCGAAAUUAUCGGAAAGAACUUGAAGUGGUCGCCCCCUCACCGCAGCGAGACAUUUUGGAAGGAAAAUAUUGGCAAGUUCAAAGAAGGAGAUUGGAAGAUUCUCAAAGCUCUUUCAAACAUCAUCACUUCCAGCCAGGACCCUGUAACUCUUGCCGUGGGCUCUAACGACGUAUCACGGAUUAUCUCUGAGCUCCCCGAGUCCUUGAAAGUGUUUGAGAAGUUGGGAACGAAGGUUAAGAUCAUGGAGCUCAUGAAUCAUCCUGACAGCGACGUUAGGUACGAAGCUCUCAAGGCGACUCAGACUUUCAUCGCCCAUUCAUUUAAAUAA